AACCCAAAAAAGGAGAGAAUCUUGGAAGGAAUUUGAGAUAAAUUGCGAGCGGCACGCACGAAUAAAUAAUCGCUGAUAAGCAGUGGGUGACAAUUGGACGUACCAUCUAUUUAUUUUGUUGCAUGAUAAGAGGACGAAAACUGUCCGAACGUUUGGUUCUUUUCGCUAGCAUUAGUGCAUAAUUUUUAUAGCGCUUUUAUGACUUCAUUAAUCGCGUUCAUAUAUAAAAUAUGAAAUUAUAAACCAACACACACGCUGCUGAGUAGACUAGCCAGCAGGUUUCAGUUGGUGUUUUAACCAACAGACGUUGAACGUGUUCCCUGAAGCGCGAGACAUGGUGGAGGUCCACGCCAAAUCAAAAAUGGGUUUAAAUGGAAGCAGUGGCUCUGGGACACAGCCCAUAAACCGGAGGAAAAAUUUGAGCCAGCAAAUCUGGGAUGUAGUGCAACUAAUUGGGGACGUAGUGUUACUGUGGGUGCUAGUUUUGUACAGUUUGGGGGAGCGUUUCUAUAGGUAUAUAGUGCCAGUGCCGGAACGGCCGGUUAAAGGGGAAAUUGUUUUGAUAACCGGCACCGGCCAUGGGAUGGGCAAAGAGCUGGCGCUUUUGUACGCCUCAAAGGGCGCUACUGUGGUGGGCUGGGACGUAAACACAAAAAGCAAUGAAGAGACUAUUUCGGAGAUAAAUGCCCGCGGUUACCCCAAAGCUUACGCCUAUUACUGCGACGUCUCAAACAAAGACAGCGUUUUCGAAGUCGCCAAAAAAGUACUAAAAGAGGUCGGGGAUGUUUCAAUUUUGAUCAACAACGCUGGAAUAAUGCCCACGCAUCCGAUUCUCGACCAAACGAAAGAAGAGAUUGAAAAAACCUUCGCGAUCAAUGUUUUCGCUCAUUUUUGGACAAUUCAAGCUUUUCUUCCCACUAUGAAGAAAAAUAACCACGGUCACAUUGUAGCUCUGUCUUCCUGUGCCGGUUUGUUCGGCCUUGAGAACUUGGUUCCUUACUGCGGUACCAAGUUUGCCGUUCGUGGCAUUAUGGAGGCUUUACAUGAGGAAUUUCGGCAAGAAAAAAAUUGCAAAAUUGAGACAACUUGUGUAUGCCCUUACAUGGUCGACACCGGCUUGUGCAAAAAGCCGAAGGUUAGGUUUGAGCGGCUUAUGCCGCUUCUGAACCCCAGAUAUGCUGCAAAAUCCAUCAUGAAAGCGCAGCAGACGCAACAGAAAUUGGUGUCGAUACCCGGCUAUCUGGUCAACUUGAACGAUUUUGUUAGGGUACUACCAUUAAAGGCCGGUUUGUACAUCAAAGACUUCAUCAACUCUGGUGUAGAGUCAGACUUAUAAUUUUUUCCUGAGGUGGAAGAACAACAUUUUUUAGAAAGUACUAACAUUUGGUAUGACAUAUGUAGCGAAUAAAAUUGUGUUAUUUAUUGGUUUUUAUACGUUUAUUCGUUUUUUCUAAGGGCUGAAUUAAUUGUUGAAGUACAUAAACUGAUGCCAGUUGUAUUGUUAAUAAAAUAUUUUGCAAUA